AGACCCCCUGAGCGCCAACCCUAGUCCCAGGCGCGGUCCCAUUUCCGCUCCAACAAGAUGAAAGAAACUGUCAAGAACCAAGAGAAACUCACCAAACUGCAAGCACAAUUGCGCGUUGGUGGGAAAGGAAGUGCUCCCCGAAAGAAGAAGGUGGUUCAUAGAACAGCUACAGCAGAUGAUAAAAAACUUCAGUUCUCCUUAAAGAAGUCAGGGGUAAACAAUAUCUCUGGUAUUGAAGAAGUGGGUAUGUUCACAAACCACGGAACAGUGACCCACUUUAACAACCCUAAAGUUCAGGCAUCCCUGGCAGUGAUCACUUUCACCAUGACAGGCCACGCUGAGACAAAGCAGCUGACAGAAAUGCUGCCCAUUAUCUUAAACCAACUUGGUGCAGACAGUCUGACUAGGUUAAGAAGGCUGGCUGAAGCUCUGCCCAAACAAUCUGUGGAUGGAAAGGCACCACUUGCUACCGGAGAGGAUAAUGAUGAUAAAGUUCCAGAUCUUACGGAGAAUUUUGAUGAAGCUUCCAAGAAUGAAGCAGAGAUGAGUCAACUUCUGAAGAAGAUAAACUUGAAGAAGUUACUGGGAGCUGCUAUUUUAUAUUAUGACUGCUUUUUAAAAAUUUUGUUCAUGGAUCUGAUAAAUUCUAGAUCUCUAAUAUUUUUAAGCCCAAGCCUCUUGGACACUGCAGCUCUUUUCAGUUUUUGCUUAUACACAAUUCAUUCUUUGCAGCUAAUUAAGCUGAAGAAGCCUGGGAAUAAAGUUUGAAACAAGAUUAAUAAAGUUCUUUGCCUCGUAAAAAAAAAAAAAAGAGUA